AUGGCUUCAAUGCAAUAUUUGGACCCUCAGGGCCGACUACUCCGCCAAAUAGACUCGCUGGUUUUAGAAGCCUCAGGUCUAUACCACCUCGACGCCGACUUGGGUAACACCUCGUUAAGCGCCGAUACAGAAAACACCCUGAGCGGCAUCGUCCUCAAAGAUCUGCAUACAAGCAGAUUCAACAAGCCGCUAAUCCUACUCCUACUGACAAGCCUCGGGCAACAAGCCAAACUCGCCACCGCAGUCUCCAAAAUAGGAGACGAACUCGCCCUCUUGAGAAAGGAGAUCACGGCCCCCAAAGCUGCGCCUCCCACCUCAAACCCCCGCAUCAUCCAGAAGUUGGACGCCCUAAUCGGCAAAGCCAACACACCCACACCAACCCCCCAGGCCCCCCACAGGCCUACCCCGCCCGCCAAGCCUGCCCUACCAAGGGCAACCCCCACACACGCUCAGGUGGUUCGCUCCGCCCCCAACCCACCCAAUACCCCCAGCAAGAAGACUGCCAAAACAGCCCAGGCAUCGGCCCCAGGAUCCUCCCCGAAGGAGAAGGCCCUACCAGCAGCCCACCGCCGCUUCUUUGCUACAAGGAUAACCCCUAGCCCCAUCACCGACGCCGAAAAGCUAUCGGCAACCCUCCCUCGCCUCUUCGGCCUAGCUCUGGCCCGAAACAACCAAACCGCUCCGGUGACUUCCCUCUCCGUCACUAUCAACCCCAGAGGCACCGUCUCUGUCACAGCCCCCCCUACCGUCCCAUCAACGGUCUACGCACCCUUCUUCGAGGCCCUCACCACCAUCCUCAACGUAGAGGUGGCCACCCCCGAGAACCCCUUCACUACCUUUCGCCCCGCCCCCACCAACGUCGACCUCGCCAUCCAUGGCGUCCCCCUUUACGAACUCCCCAACCAGGAGUGCCUUGAGGAGAUUCUGCCCUCCGCUCUGAGGCUCGCCGUUGGGAUCACCCCUGCCGCCGUCCGGUUCCCAAACACGGACGAAUCCUCCCGCUGCGCCAAGGCCACCACCUCAGUCGUCGUCUCUGUAACGGCAGAUGAGGCAGCGACCAUUGGCACUACUAUCCGUCUCUUCUCCCGCCCCAGACGCUGCAACGUCAUGGGGCGAGCGUCCACCUCCACUCAAUGCAGGAAUUGCUGCAAACUCGGUCACGCCACCCAAGGAUGCAGGUCCCCCACCGCCUGCCCCCUGUGCACCCUCCCCCACAAACUUCAGGAUCACCGCUGCUCAGUCCCCUCAUGCAAAGGGGCAUCAGCGCCCCUUGAAAACUGCUGCGAAAUCUCCCCCGCCAAGUGCGUCAACUGCAGCGGGGCCCACCGCUCCUUCACCCCCUCCUGCCCUAGCAGGAAACCCACCACCACCGCCAACCCCCCCUCAACCCACACCGCUAUGGACAUCUCACAAGAAGACGUAGCGCCCGCACCUCUCCGCAACUUUCUUGGGAUGCCAAUUACGGCCCCCCUCAACCCUCCCCUCUCCUCCCAACCCAGCCUCCGCUAA